CAGUUCUGAGAUGAUUAUUCCGCCUGGAGGAGCCUGGAACUCGCGUCACCAUGGAAGCGCUCAGUUUGCGACAUGUAUUCGCCAUUUUGCUGCCUCGGUGUGUGUGUGCGUGUGCGUGUGUGCUCCUCUCGAGGUGAAUACCUUUGUAGCUCUCAAACAUUCAACACUCCAGACGCCAGCUAAAACAACAUGGGAAAUAUCUGCACUCGGAGAACUGUAGCCGCCGCAGCGUGACAUGGAAAUUUGGACUACGUAACAGUAGAUAGUUUCGCACAGCGGUACCGAAGAGGAGCACGGAAAAUGAAAGCCUGACAAACAGGACAGUGGCUUUUCAUCACCAACCACUCAGGAUGAAAGCACGAAGUAAAGAGGAGGAACAUUGUUUUCCUCACAGGAUUGUAUUCGCCUCCUUGGAUUCUCAAUUUUGAUCAUAUCCUUAAGACCACCGAUAAUGAUACCUGGAUUGAUCACCCAGGAGUUACACAACCAGCUUUUGGACCUGAAGAAUUACCAGAAUCGCACGGAUGGGGUGGAACAGCUCAAACAGAUCCUCUCAGAUGUGGACAUUAGGUCGGUCCAGUCUGGUAGUAUUGAGGAGUUCAUCAAUUUUCUUCCUCGACUUCUGGGUGACAGUAAUUUUAAGGUGUUGUAUGGCACGUUACAAGUUUUAAAUUUACUAAUUCAGAAGCUAGAUACGGGUGUAGACAAAUAUUUCAAACAUAUUGUCUUAGUGGCCCUCAAGGCCCUAGGAGACACUCGCACUGUCACCAGGAACGAAUACCUGAAUGUGUUUCAACAGCUAAUGAAAACUGUAGCACCGCAACAAGUAUUAGAUCUUGUACUUGGCAACUUGAAACACAAGAAUUCUAGGGUUCGGGAAGAUGUCCUUAAUGUCAUAAUGGCAGCUAUGCUCACUCAUCCAAGGAAAGAUUUUAACAUCCCCAAGCUUUGUUUUGAGGUUGCACCGUACCUGAUAGACGGCAAGAGGAAGGUCCGCCAUGCUGCCCUUGAGUUGUUUGCUGUCUUUGACCAUUGCCUUGACCCAGGGAAAAAGCAGCCUCUAAUGAAAGCCGUGGACAUGGUUGAGCUCAGUGAAGAUGCAGAGGGUCUAAUGGCAGCUGUACAGGCAAGACGAGCAAGACACGUUCUUCCAAAGCUCUCCUCAGAUGGAGCAGUGGAGUAUGGUUUGGUGGUGCCCAAACCAGGACAGAGGUGUGGCUCUGGAGCUGAUCUGGACUGGGUGAUGAAUGGUGGGCGCAUAAGCAGUGCCAGGAGCCACAGAACUGAGCCGGACUGUGACCGAUUGUAUGGCUAUGGCAGCUUAGGCUCCCUCACUGAUGACCUUCCACUUCAAAGAAGGAUUGUCAGCGCAGGUAAAGGGAAGAACAAACUACCCUGGGAGAUGUCGAGCUUCUCAUCGACUGAGAACGACCAGCAGCAAUGCAGUUCACCUGAUGGAAAGUGCUCAGAACAGGUGGCAAGAGAGGAUUUCCUUCCCCUGUCCAGGAAGCAAGAGGCCUACAUACCCAGUUUCAGUUCUGCAGAACCACCGAAGCCUCAGUCCUCCCGAAGGAAGGAGUCUCCUGUGCAUCUCCGAAGAAGUGGAAGCCUCAACUUAGACCCUGAUAUCUUUAAAACCACUAACUUCUCUGACCCAGAUGUUGUGGCACCCAAAGGACGUGUUCUCUCAAGGAACCCCAGUGUCGAGCGAACAUUUUCCCUGCCCUCAAACCCCACCACAUCCUUCCUUCUGCCCUCCUACCCCCUGGCUACACUCCCAGGUGGCAUGCUCACUCCAACGCUGCCCCGCCGACAUGCAGACUCCUCUCUCUCUAUGUCCAACACGUGGCCCAACAAGAGAGAGAAUGGCCCUCACCAGAGAGACAGCAGCCCCUGGAGAGACACAGCAGGCACAGCAAAGGGAGACCUCUCUAGCAGACGCUCUCCUGGACCUCUUCGUGCCUCCCUUGUGAGUUCUGCUUCCACUUCAUCAUUCCGCCGGGCUCUGAGCAACACCCGGACCAGCCUCUCCGUAUCACCAAUAGUCCCUCCAGCAGAACAGGCAUAUUCUUAUAAUGGCCAGCGAUCCAAUGCUCCAGGAAGCCCUCAGACCCAGCAGCCAGAAAAGAACCUUAAUCUGGACCCUGAUAGCAUCAGUGUGACACAAGAUCUUCAGGAGGAUGAUCCUCUGGACAUGCAGGAGAUGCUGAACUCCCUGCGCUCAUUACGCAACAGCGCUGCCAAGAAGAGGGCCAAAGCAAGCCUUAGUAGUCCAGAUCCGGACAGCCCUGAUUCAGCUGUGAGGGUGGACCUGGGUUUGGACUCACCGUCACACACGUCUCCAGUGCUGACCAGCUCAGCCAGUGAAAGUGGUCUUUCAAGUCUGAGCUCAGUCGCCAAUUCCAGCUUCAAUGGCAUCAAGACCAGUCCUGGAACCUCUGCCGCUCCAGGAAUGAAACCUCGCAGAGUGCCUUCUGCAAAACUGAGAUCUUCUGUGUCCAUGGACUUCAUCAGCCUUCAAGCAUUGUCCCAGAGAAACGAACUGUCAUCUGAGGUGGGUGUUGUUGGGCAGAGAGUCAUGUACUCUAAUGGAACAAGCAAAACUGAGGAAGAGAUCAUGGGACCGUCCCCUCCACUGGUCAGGCCAGCUUUCCGUGAAUCCGUCAGAGCUCUGAAGCCUGCCAAAGGAUCCCAGAGUCACAGCAGCAGUAGGAGUUCACCCGGCACAGACAUGCCUGAAGGAGUGGUUGGAAGAGGCAUGUUUGGCUCUGCAGUGUCCUCCAGCCGUCCAGGAGCCUUGUCACUUGAGCAGGGUGAAUUGGCUGCCAAACCCCCCACUGAUCCCUCAGCAGGCAUCCAAAGCUACACUCUGUACGGCAGUCACCUAGACGGCGAUGACAGCCCACGUCCAGAAGAGGUUAAGGAGAGGGUGAAGAAUACAAGGUUCUGCCAGGAUAAGACACGGCUGCAGCGUCUGGAUCAGCUAGACAGUCACUUAACUCAAGGAGACCACGCACGAGAAAAGAUCCGCCACCGUGUCAGACAGAUGCUGUCUGAUUCACCUACAGAGGAGAAUAGACCAUUAAACAUCAAAGAUCUGCAUCUGAAUGGCAGCACGCUGACAUCCACCAAGGCAGACCUCCACUCCGAUGAGUCCCCCAUCAGUCCCACCAGUCCUGUCAGUCCAGCAGGACCCCAAAGCCCACUUAAGAGCUACACUCCACCCCACCACCCGAGCCCCCCUUCAGUUCCCCCAAACCCAAGAAAUCUGUCCCGUCUUAGGAGGGCGCCUAGCCUCAGCAGAACCCGACCAUCGCUGUCCCACAGUUCAGAUGAGCUGUCCCCUGCUACCGUGGGCCACAAGAAAAAUCUCUCGGAGCCUCCAGAGCUGUGUCCAUUUUCGAAGCCCGAACUGGCACUGACGCAGAGUUUCAACCUCCUAAGCUCUGAAGACUGGGAGAAGAAGAUCGAGGGUAUGACGUUCCUGCGCUCUCUGGCCCAUUACCACUCAGACACAUUUCAGGGCAGGCUUCAUGAUGUGUGCCUGUCUCUCAUUCAAGAGGUGAAGAACCUGCGGUCAGGUGUGUCCAGGGUUGCGGUGUGUACGCUGGGUGACCUGUACACACACCUGCAGAGGACAAUGGACCAGGAGCUGGAGGGGACAGUUAAAGCUUUACUGCAGAAGGCUGGAGAGAGUAACGCCUUCAUCAGGCAGGAUGUGGAUGCAGCUCUGGACUGCAUGGUCCAGCACUGCACCCCGACUCGUAGCAUUAAUGCUUUGCUCACAGGAGGACUGAGUCACCUUAACGCAGUGGUGAGGAAAUGCACAGCUCAACAUCUGGCUAAUCUGGUAGAGAAAGUUGGUCCUGCACGUCUCCUGUCUGGUGGUAAAGAUCUCACUGACAGGAUCUUACCUGCUGUCACCAAACUAGCUCAAGACUCCUCACAGGAAGCCAGGUACUUUGGCCGUCGAAUGCUGCUGUCCCUGUCAUCCCACCCUGACUUUGACAAGAUCCUGGAGAAGUACAUCCCGACCAAAGACCUGCAGACUGUCAGAGACACUGUCUUCACUCUCAAGACAAAAGGUCUUGGUGAGAUGCCCCAAGACAGUCAGUCAGCCAGGGGGAGACGCUCCCUCCCAGGCAGCGGUACAGUCAGGGCCUCAUCUCUCAACAGAGAGCCACUCAACCAGACCAACAGGGAGUCCAAUAGCCAUUACAGCUGUAGAUCUCAGACACAGAGUAUUGCAGAUAAGACUGAAUACAUUAAGCAGAUCUCAGGUCUGCUGGGUUCAAAGGACUUCAGAGAGAGGAUCAAGGGCAUCGACCAGCUAGUGACUGACUGCCAACACAACCCCAACAUUGUCAUCAAUAGUAUAUUCCCGGUGUUUGAUGCCUUCAAAGCCAGGCUGCAGGAGUCCAACAGCAAGGUCAACCUGUAUGCCCUGGAGUCUCUACAGAAAAUCAUAAAGUUGUUGAAGGACAACUUGUCCCAAGUGGUCAACAUCUUGGUCCCAGCAAUCGUGGACAAUCACCUCAACUCCAAGAACAAUGCCAUCUACUCUGCUGCUAUUGGAGCCAUUAAUGCACUUAUCUUGAAUCUUGACAACAUUCUUCUUCUCCAGCCUUUCUGCACCAAGGCUCAGUUUUUAAGUGGCAAAGCAAAGGUGGAUCUGAUCGAAAAGGUUGCAGAUCUAGUGACAGAGCUCUACCCUCGCAAGCCCCAGAUGGUGGAGCAGAAAGUGUUGCCCUUGCUGUGGCACCUCCUGGGCACCUCUACCCACAGCGGCACCAUUCAUGGCAGGGGUGGCAGCAUCAGGGGUGCUACUGCCAGCCUGUGCCAAGCCCUUCAUGCCCAGAUGGGGCCAAGCCUGAGUGAGUGCGCCGCCUCCCAGCCUGCCAAUGUCCAUAAAGGUUUAAAUGAGGUCCUAAGGACCUUGUCUUAAGGUACAGCCAGGUCCAAACACAACCAAAUGUUGGAAGAGAACAACAUUAACACUGAUCUUACUUGAAGACAGAGAUGUUCUACAUUUCUUACAGUGCCUGCACUUUUAUAUCGAGAGAAAGUCCUUAAAAAUGAGGAACUCUUAUUCUUAUCUCAGUGAGAUUUCCUCUGGUACAGAAGCAUGGACAGUUGUAACAUACUGACAUCAGGUCUUACACACAUCCAACCUGCUCUCUUUGCACUUUGAAAGUAGCUCAUUGUCAUUGCUUUUUUCCCAUAUUCUAUACAUGUACUGUAGACAAAUCAGAAACACUAUUGCAGAAUGUAAAAUGAAAUGCACAAACAGAAGAGGAAAAAGACAGGGGCCCUAAAGGUGUAUAUUUUUGCUGUUUCAUCAAAUGUGAUGUGAUAUUUUUAAAUUGUCUUAUGUAGUUGAUUUGAAGCUUUGUGAACUGAGAUUAACAAGAUAGUACAAAAUACAUUUGUACAGCUCCAAUGUGUAUUUGCACAGUAUUAGCUUAAUCUGUAUGCUGUAUGAUGGUACAGUUCUAAUUUAUCUAUUGUGUAAUGGUUUAAAAGUCAUAUUAAUGAUGUGCUGAGUUGGUACUGUCUGUCUUUAUUUGCAUGACCAAAUUUUACUGGCAAAAUCAAGAUUGUUUCUAUUUUUGUUAAGGAGAUAUAAUACAUGUUCCCGGAUGCCUAGACCAAGGUUGGUUUCAAACUAUUGCUCCUGGAAGGGAAAAAGAAAAGGAGUUUUACUCCUGUGGUUGCCUGAGAAACGGUGAAGGCCCAGGUCUGAUUCUCUCAGUAUAGUGCCAGUCUUCAAGUAGCCUUUUAACUCAUCUAUUGUUAAAUUAUAUUGACUUUGUUUGUGAACAAGAGCAAAGAGAUUUAUAAAUAAACUUUUAUUUCUGUAAAAUGAA